AUGUUGGAUCAGAUUCAUCUGCUGGCUGCCGUGACAGUCCUGGGAGUCCUGGAGCAAGCCUACUUCUUCCUCCAAGUGAUCUAUGCUAGGAGGGAGUUUGGCAUUUCUCCUCCAAAGAUCUCAGGCCCACCUGAAUUUGAGAGGAUCUUUCGAGCACAGGUGAACUCCUCUGAAUAUUUUCCCAUUUUUCUGGCACUUCUGUGGCAGGCUGGACUCUUCUUCCAUCAAGGUCUGGCUGCAGCCUUGGGUCUGCUCUAUCUCUAUGCCCGCUACUGCUACUUUACGGGAUACAGGGCAUCGUCCUCAGAAAGGCUUGCCCCGAUAUACUUUAGCACUGGAGUUCUCUGGAUUCUCGUCUCAGCGUCAGCCCUGGGCAUCUUGCAUUUCUUCCUCUCCCACUACGUGGGCCUGAACAUCCUCCAGCUUCUCACAGCGUGA